AUGGACGUAUUGAUUUUAGUUCUUCCUUUAGUGUUUUGUGUGGAGGGAUACACGAUCACACAACAGACGCAGCUACACACGAACCUGGCCACGGGAUAUGAUCGGAGGGUGAGGCCUGGGGAAAACAGGACAGUCCCCUUACAGAUCAAGUUUAACUUCUACUUGGCGAGUUUGAAGGAAUUCUCGGAGGCCGAAAGUAAGAUUGGAAUCGUGGGGUCAUUGGGACUAGAGUGGAUAGAUUCCCGACUGUCUUGGAACCCUAGUGGCUAUGGCGGUGACUUGUACGAAACUACUCUGUUUACCUCCGACAUGUGGGUCCCUUUUUUAGUUUUGAUGAAUCCUUUUGCUAAGCUUAAGAAAGUGCUUUUAGAUGAAAUGUCUUGCAAGGUCACAGAUGGAGGAUAUGUUAAUUGUCUGCCCCCUGACCUCUAUGAAGCAACGUGCGAUGCUGACGUCACUUAUUACCCCUUUGAUUCGCAGACGUGUACUUUGAAAUUUUACGUUCCUGGAUUCUCUCCGACAGAUAUUCUUCUAAGACCUGCGAUAUCAACAUUCCGCAUGGACUUAUAUGAAGAAAAUGGACUUUGGUCUAUCACGAGCACCCGUCUUUAUUACCAACUUAACGUGUUCAAUUUUGAGGAACUACGACUUGAGAUAAACAUGAAAAGACGGACCACAUAUUACAUCGCCGGUCUUAUACUGCCGAUCUGCUUAAUGAACUUUAUCCAGAUAUUGGUGUUUAUUUUGCCGGUUGAGUCGGGGGAGAGGAUGGGGUUUUCUAUAACUGUGCUUUUGGCCGUUGCUGUAUUCCUUACCAUUAUUCAGGACAAACUUCCGGAGGCGUCAGAGCCGAGCGUGGCGAACCUCACCUACAAACUCCUGGUAGACAUGCUGUUAGGAUGUUCUAUGGUUAUAGCCGUAGUGAUUGGACUUAAAUUUUACCAUGAAACAGAAGAUAGGGAAAUUCCGGCAAGACUAAAGAAUUUUACUCGCAGCAUGAAGUUUUGUUGUAAGCGUAGAAAGGCCAAGGUGACGGUCAAAAAAUAUGACGGCUCAGAAAAACCUCCCAUUGAAUGUGUUGAUGAUACAGCAGACAUUGAUAUUACCUGGAACGAUGUGGGAUUAGCCUUUGACAAGUUGUUCUUUAUUGUUUUCUUUGUUUCUUUGGUUUCUAAUAAUAUUGUGUAUCUCACAACAAUGGCAGUAAUUAGUUCCUAAUUGUUAAGUUCGAAUCCAACUAAAGCAAAAGUCUAGGGAAAAUAUGUUCCAUAUCAUAUAAUUACAUUUAUCUUGCA